AUGGUUGGACUCGAGAUGAACGAUGAACAGAUGACUGCUUCAAUGAGGAUGAUCCUAGCCGGCGCCAACCCUCAAAAGCUCAUCGAACUCGUUGUGCGAAAGCGACGUGAACAAGAACGAAAUGUGUCAAUCUCCAGUUCUUCGCAACAUUCUCAAAAUUCAUCUCGUGGAGGCACAAUAACUCGAAUCGUCAAAUCUAAACAUUCCGAGCCCUUCUACGAGCAGCUU